CCCAUCCCCAUCAGCACCACCAUCAUCCCCAUGAUCCAUGUAGUUCCUUCCUGUGAUGCCCUGGCAUCCUCAGCUGCUGUGCCAUGAGAGCGCGCGUGUCUGGUGCCCCGAAGUCCGAUCCGAUGAAUGACCUGCCGAAUCGCCUUCCCUUUCAGGUCGCUCUGAUCAAAGCCGACGACGCAGAAGGACUACGGGCCGCCCUCGCCGCCCUCUCCACUGACGCCCGCGCCGACUUCUUCAAAAGAAGGAGACCCCUGCAUUUCGCUGCAUCGAAUGGUCAUAAUACCGUGGUGGACGUCCUCCUAGCGGGGGGCGCCGACGUCAAUGCCAGAAACAACUCGGGAUGGAGCCCCCUUCAUUCAGCUGCGUAUAAUGGUCAUAAUACCGUGGUGGACGUCCUCCUGGCGGGGGGCGCCGACGUCAAUGCCAGAAGCAACUCAG